AUGUAAACAUAAACAAGAUUUAAUUGAUUAGAACACCUUCAGCUGUAAAAGAGAUGAGGGUUUUAAACAAGGAGUGCCAUGCUUCUCCAUUCGGGUUCCUGCUGGUUUUCAAUCAUUAAGAAUUGCGAGCACCUGGUCCGUUUCCACCUGGAUUGGUGUGAACCCAGCUUGUGGUCUGUCCCUCAUCUGACUACUGGACCAAAAUGAAAACCACCCGCGCUGGUACCUAACGACCACUGGGGGAUUACUGCAAACAGCUGAUGUGGUGUCUGGUUGGCUGCAAAAAUGUGCCACAUUCUCCCCCCCCCUGUCUCCACUGGCACGAGCCGUGUACGUGGUCGCACACACGUCUUCUCCUAUAUAAGCAUCAGCUCAUGUCUUGUUUGAUGAUGUACUUUCGAUCAAUGAUCGAUGCUAAUAGGUCAUGCACGCUGUAGCCCGAUUGGAUGUGCGUGUUUUUUUCCCCUAACACGUUAUGCAACUUCUCUCCCUCUUUUGUUAUCGCCGGGACAGUGUGACGUCAUCACCCAGCUCCGGGAAGGUCUGAGCGGCUCGCGGGCGCUGCUGCUGCUUCCAGACCAGCAAACGACUGGAAAACAAACCGCCGCGGAGCGUUAGCUUAGCUAGACUCUCUGAAAAACAUAAAAAAGUGGGACUUGCGCACGUCUGAAUGUGUGCAGAUAAGGUUGUGCGCGGUUUGCACUGACUUGAGCCUUUUUUUAUGCAACCCGCCCUGCUCAGCAGCCGCUACGAUGUCCGACGCUGCUAACGCGGUUACUUCUACAGACAAUAACGGAGACUCCACCGGGCUUCACGGGUCCUGGGUGGAGUUGGAGAUGAACAGAGGCACAGCCGGAGCAGCCCAGUCGUCCUCCACGGACCCGGGUCUGCUGCCCCUCCCUCAGGUGGAGGAAGAGGAGGCCAUGGUGGGGGGGCUGGAGCACGUCCCGUCCUCGUCCUCGAUCCACAACGGGGACAUGGAGAAGAUCCUGCUGGACGCCCAGCACGAGUCAAGCCGCAGCAACUCCUCCUGCGACAGCCCCCCGAGGCCCCACAGCCCCCAGGAUGACGGACAGAUCAUCUUUGACGUGGACGUGAGCGGCAGAAGAGACAGCCAAUCAGAAGAGGACGUCUUAGACAAGGAGAGGGACAUGGACAUCCUGAUGAAGGACGCAGACUGGGUUGCUGACUGGUCCAGUCGACCGGAAAACGUUCCCCCCAAGGAGUUUCAUUUCCGUCACCCUCGACGCUCCGUGACACUCAGCAUGAGGAAGACCGGGGCCAUGAAGAAAGGAGGAAUCUUCUCCGCCGACUUCCUCAAGGUCUUCAUCCCCUCGCUGCUGCUAUCGCACAUCCUCGCUCUGGGGCUGGGAGUGUACAUCGGAAAGAGGCUGACCACGCCCACCGCCAGCUCCUUCUGAACCUGGAACUGAAGAACAGUGCCUGAGGAGUGGCCACGAGUCGUCGAGGACGUUUUGCUGUCGCGAGAAGAACGGCCGUCUCUUCUCCCUCUGUCCCGCCUGCCCCCCCGCUCCCCCCCUCGUCCCUGAGAUAUGACAUGUUCUCAGGAGAGAUGCAUCUGCCUUUCUCCCUCUCCCUCUCUCUUUCUC